GGGGCUGUCCCGCCAGCAAGAGCGAGCCCAAGCCACGAAAGGCAACAGAGCUCGUCCGACCACGAGCAGAGAGAACCCAGAGGAGGCACGGCCCCGACCAGCCCGCGAGCGCCUCCCAGCCUGGUGCCACCGUCACCAAGCGCCGGUGCCUUGUGGAGCAGCCGCUGUCGCCCCGGCUGCAGCGGCCACACGGAUGCCCAAGCCACGCGGCCCGAGCGGGGGCAGUCGCCGUCCCACGCGAGCUCCGGACACGCCCGAUUGCUGAUGAAGUGAUUGGGAAGAAAGAGUGAGCCCCUUGCCUUUGCAGACAGGACAGCAUGGAGCAGCCGUUCACUGUGAACUCGCUGAAAAAGUUAGCUGCUAUGCCUGAUCAUACAGAUGUCUCUCUAAGUCCGGAGGAGCGGGUCCGUGUUCUAAGCAAGCUUGGUUGUAACAUCUCCAUUAAUGAAGACAUCACCCCACGCCGUUACUUCAGGUCCGGAGUAGAAAUGGAAAGGAUGGCAUCUGUGUAUUUGGAAGAAGGAAACCUGGAAAAUGCCUUUGUUCUUUAUAACAAAUUUAUAACAUUGUUUGUAGAAAAGCUUCCCAGCCAUCGAGAUUAUCAGCAAUGUGAAGUACCGGAGAAGCAGGAUAUCAUGAAGAAACUGAAGGAGAUUGCAUUCCCAAGGACAGAUGAAUUGAAAAAGGACCUGCUGAGGAAAUAUAACACAGAAUACCAAGAGUAUUUGCAAAGCAAAAACAAAUAUAAAGCUGAGAUUCUCAAAAAGUUGGAACAUCAGAGACUGAUAGAGGCGGAGCGCAAGCGAAUAGCUCAAAUGCGCCAGCAGCAAUUAGAAUCCGAACAGUUCCUGUUUUUCGAAGAUCAACUCAAGAAACAAGAGUUGGCCCGGGGCCAGAUGAGAGGUCAAGACUCCGCAGUGCUGUCUGAGAAGACGGAUGGAAGCGGGCUGUCCUGCUUUUCCACCCUCCAGAACAACUCUCUACGGAAUGUAUUUGCCGAUCAGCCUCAUAAAAGUGAUGGAAGCGAUUUUUCCGACCACUCUCCUCCCGUGAACAGGGCCUUAAAGCCAGCGGCCACUCUGAGUGCUGUUCAGAAUUUAGUGGUUGAAGGACUGAGGUGUGUGGUUUUAUCAAGAGAUCUUUGCCAUAAAUUUCUGCUGCUGGCUGAGUCUAACACAGUGAGAGGAAUAGAAACCUGUGGGAUCCUCUGUGGCAAAUUGACACAUAACGAAUUCACUAUUACCCAUGUGAUCGUGCCAAAGCAGUCUGCGGGUCCAGACUAUUGCGACGUAGAGAAUGUAGAAGAAUUAUUCAGUGUUCAGGAUCAACAUGGUCUCCUCACACUCGGAUGGAUUCAUACACACCCCACGCAAACUGCGUUCCUGUCCAGUGUGGAUCUUCACACUCACUGCUCCUAUCAGCUUAUGUUGCCAGAGGCUAUUGCCAUUGUGUGUUCCCCAAAACAUAAAGACACUGGCAUUUUCAGGCUCACUAAUGCUGGCAUGCUUGAAGUUUCCACUUGUAAAAAGAAGGGCUUUCAUCCUCACACCAAGGACCCCAGGCUUUUCAGUAUAUGUAGCCAUGUGCUAGUAAAAGACAUAAAAACAAUUGUGUUGGAUCUGAGGUGACCUGCUCCAAAUACAAGACCGCCUGCUCCAGAUACCUGCCAUGGAUAUGUGUGACUGCUGAGUUUCUUAUGAUGUUUCCAGAAGUGACUGAUAUUUUAUAUUUAUAUAUUUUAGACCAAAACUUUGAUAUUUAUUGUUCUUGCACAUUUUGAAGUUUCUUUUUUGGGUUGCUGUGUCUCAAAGGAGGUCACAUGCUGUUCAACCUAUACCUAUGUACCCAAAUAAUAUCCCCAAAAAUAAAUUGUGC